AUGAAUUUUGUAGAACAAGAAAUUAAAUAUUCUUCUUUUAAAUGGUUCGACGAAAAGGUUGAUGAUGGUUGUCCUCAAGAAGUAGAAACAAAAGGAUCAGGAGGAAGAAACAAAAGAAAGUUUAAAGAUGAUCAAGAUGAUUCAUCAUCUACUAGUACUAGAAAAUAUUAUUAUAUACCAGGAUUAGAUGGAAUAGUAGAGAGUGCAUGUAAAACAAAACAGUUGGAUUUGGUUAGAUUUAUAAAUGAACGUUAUGGAGGUCAUAUUGAUGAGAUUGCCUAUUACAUUGCAAAGUAUGCUUUGAAUUAUCAGGCAUUGGAUAUCUUUCAAUACAUCUAUCAACAAACAACUCCAAUGCAAAGAAUGGUCAAAGUGGUCGAUACGUUGGCUCAUCGUAGCAAUAGAGUGGUGGUAUGCAAAUCAUUUCACACUGCCGUGUUACUCUACGUCUACCAGAAUGGAAAUCAAGAGAAUAUCAUACCUAGUGAAAUAACUCGUGCUGACGGAUACCAAACUCUUGACAUUGUUCAAUUCGUAGACCAACAACAACUACUACGUGAAGAAUUGGUUGCCUAUGGCGUUAAAAAUGGUAGUUUUGAAGUUGCCAAAUACCUAUUCAACAGAGUACCACCCAAUCUAAUCAGAGAUGUAUUUGUGCAUCUUGGAAGAGUUGGGUCAUUGGAUGUAUUAAAGUAUGUGGUUGAACAAAAUGUAUUGGCAUUGGAAGAGAUGCAAAGACAGUUGCCUGCCAUCAUGAGAGACUUAUUGUUGGCGUCUCCCGUGAACAUUGAUAAAAUACAAUACCUCAAAACCACAUUUUCAGAGGACAUGGUGUUUGGAGGCAACAUCUAUGAAUGGGAUUUAGAGGCAUUGGAACGUGUCACAGAGAUUUGUCCAACAGUCCGACAAUUCUCUGUUAGACCAUAUACCGUUGAACGAGCCAUUUCAAAUAAUCUUGUAGAGGUGGUUCAGUGGUUAGAUACUCAUCGUCAUUUGACAACCAACCUAUACCUAAACGCCAACUCGUCACGAUCCAUCAACAUGUUUAGAAUUGUUUUAAAGGCACAACCAGUACAACGUUAUAACGUUAAUUUUCUCAAUAUUGCUGCGUCAUUGGGCCACUUGGAAAUGGUUCAAGCCAUUUACAACAAUCAUACUCCGACAAGUGGACAUGAAUUGGUUAAAACUAGGUUGUUUGAUAAAAAGGAUCUACUUAAACAGGCAGUCUUUCCCAAUUGCUUGGGAGUGUUUCAAUAUUUGGCAACGAUUGCGUCAGAGCGUACCCCUGAUGCAGCUAUUGAAUUGUCACAAGAAUUAAUGGAGUGUAUCAAAAAUGAUGCUACAUCUACAGUUCAAUGGAUAUUGGAUAAUGCCAGUAUCACACCACCAGGCCAACAAUUUAAUAUUGUAUCAGGUAAAAUACCAAUGGUUGACGGUAAAAUCUUUAGAGUUUAUUCACAAGACCGUUAUUUCCAAUCAAAGGUGUCUAUUGAAAUGUAUGAUGUAUUGGCACUGCAUUUUGAAUCAAUCGACCCUGAUUUUAACAGUAAAGUAUUAAUGUCGGCCAUAUCAAACGGGCCACUAGACUUGUUAAAAUAUAUAAGGGAAAAGGUUGGACCUAAAUUAUACACGGCUCAUAUACAACGUGCAGUCUCUUCUGGUAACAUGCAAUCACUCGAUUAUAUCACUUCAUGUUUUCCAGACCAAAAACUACCCGAUUGGUACCUACAAUCCACAAUGAAACAAGACUUUUCAUCACUCCUUGUAUUUGCUCCUCUCAAACCAAUCAAAUAUCUGGUAGAAAACUAUUUCAACAAUCACAAAGACUCUUUUGCCAUGGAUGAAAUGCCUAUUUCAAAUAUGGCUAUUGUCAAUAACCGACAAAUUCAAGCAACGUUUGAUUAUCUAUUGUCAAAAGGUGUAGUCCAACACUCACUCGGAUUGGGUUUAAAAUUCGAUCUAUCAAAGUUUAUUGAAGGUAAUUGUUGUUGGAAAUCAUUUGACUCUUUUAUUCAUUUGUAUGAAUACAUGGAACAACAAAACAAAUCAACUAGUAAUAAUAAUAAUUUAAUCAUGGGGAAAUGGCCAUUUGAUAGAACUACCAAUAUAGAUUAUAUUAGAUUCUUUCAUUUUAAUAGAUCUGAAGGAUGUUCUCGAUUGGCACUAGAUAAGCAAUUAGAGUCUCAACAACCUCACACUACACUCUUUUUAUUGAAAAACAGAACAGAAGGAUACUCGCAAUACUUGGCAGACCUCUAUGGCAAAGGUGACUUUUACUCCAAACUCUUGUCACAAUACUCUCAUUUAAGAUUUGUUCCAACUACCACUGCUUCCAUCAGUGCUUCUCCCUUUUCCGGCUAUUCUUUUUUUUAA